AUGGAUGCUGCAACUUUAUUUUACAUUUAUUUCUAUUCAUAUGUCUUGCAUCAUCAAAGCAGUGUGUUAAGAGCUAAUGAUCGUUUUGAAUUAACUAUGCGAUCAGGAGAUACGAUUAGUAGACAUGUGAACACGGUGUUGAAAGGAGUUAUUAGGCUUCAAGGAGAGUUGUUAAAAGAACCGGUAGCAGUCUCUACAAGUUCUGUUGAACAGAGAUGGAACUGCUUUAAGAACUGCCUAGGGGCAUUAUAUGGAACACAUAUUAGUGUCCACGUUGCAACAGCAGACAAGCCUAGGUAUCGUACAAGGAAAAACGCAAUUGCUACCAAUGUCUUAGGUGUAUGUUCUCAAGACUUGGAGGUCAUAUAUGUAUAUCCUGGAUGGGAAGGAUCAGCUGCUGAUUCUCGUGUUCUUAGGGAAGCCUUUUACAAAAAAAAUGGCUUAAAAGUUCCACAUGGUUACUAUUACCUUGUUGAUGCCGGUUAUCCGAAUAGUGGAGGAUUUCUUGCUCCCUUUAGAGGUCAACGUUAUCAUUUGAAGGAAUGGGGGCGAGAUCGUUUAGAACCCAGGACAGCUGAAGAAUUGUUCAAUAUGAAACAUUGUAGGGUUAGGAAUGUGAUUGAAAGAGUUUUUGGAUUGUUGAAAAUGAGAUGGGCAAUAUUUAGGGGUCCCUCAUGGUAUCCUGUGAACAUACAUUGCCGUUUUAUCAUGGCAUGUUGUUUGAUACAUAACCUUAUUAGGAGAGAAAUGCCUAUGGAUGAAUUUUUACCGGAAGAUGAAUAUGAAGAUGGACCAAUUAAUUUGGUUUCUCCUCAAGAAAGUCGAAUUAUCGAACAUGUCGAUUCCUCGAAUUAUUGGGAUGUUCAGAGAAAGGAGUUAGCUGAUCAAAUGUGGGAAAGAUGGACUGCACGUAGAUGUAGGCGCAUAUUUAGUUAA